AUGGAUGCUAUGCUCGCUGUUGUAGUCGUGCCGCAAGAGCUAUGCCCAAUCAGAGCCGAGCAGAGACACGUCGCUACGCAUCACGGAUACCUCGACUUCUUCAACGCCGCUCAACUCGACAUGCCGCCACUACCACCUCCGCCCUCCGACCUAGAGCCCAGCACUACAUACGCUCAAAUAUUGAACCCACAAGACGCAUCACUGCGACCUUUCCUGGACGCUUGCGAGAGCAACGAUGUCGCGCUCGCCUUGCAACUAGUAGCAGGUCGUGACCGCGGGUUGGUAACCACAGGACUCAAUAGGGCCGUUGGUGCGGGCCAUCUUGGAUUGGCACGACAACUGCUGGAGCUCGGAGCGAAGUGGGACGCUCAGACCGUAGCUCAUGCGUCGAAGUCGCUUGAUGCAUUGAGACUGUUGGUUGACUUCGGGUUCAAUGUAAAUGACCCGGGUCCGUGGGGUUAUGUGCUCCUUCCCUCGGUUGUCGCUGACAACGACGAACCCUUCAUCCGAUACUUGUUGUCGCAAGGAGCAGACCCCAACCUGGGUCGCCCACUGAGUCCACAAGAGCCUGUUUCUUGGCGAAUUCGGCCGAUCCCAAAUUCAGGCAUGGCUCUCAAUGCAGCAGCAGCCUCUGGCACGCCCGAGAUAUUCGCCCUCCUCCUUUCGCACGGUGCAAUCCUCUCAAACGCAAUUCCGCUUCAUCGCGCAGCCGGCGUACGACCGGAAGUCCCUGCCGGCAGCCGAAUUCCCAUGAUGGAGUAUUUACUCGGGUUGGGACUCGACGUCAACGCGAUAGAUGAUGCGGCGAGGCGAGGAGCAGGUGGCCAGGGACAGUAUGGAACGCCGCUUCAUUAUGCUGUUAGGUGGGGACGAGUUGAGGAAGCGAGAUGGCUGUUGGACAACGGGGCGGAUCCUGACAAGAGGUCGCCGUCCGGCAUAACAGCGAGAGACUGGGUCAACAGGCGCGCAGCCGAAACCGAACUAGCUAACCUUUUGAGGGAAUAUUAG